GAUAGUUCAGUCGCGUUAGAAUUUCAACAGUGAAUGCGAGAUAAGAAAGUUGUUAUGUGAGAGUUGAAGUAAAUAUAAUAUAGUGAAAAAAUAUGGCUUCUAAAUUAAUUCUAAAAAAGAUUCAAUUUUCUAUUCUUUCUCGUCAUAUAAAGAAGUUGAGUACAAUAUCAACAGAACCACAAUUUUUAGGAAUACAAAGUAAAUUUACAAAUGUUUUAAAAUUCACAAAUGCCCAAAGUUAUGAGCCAAUUCCAAUUUAUAGAAUUUUACAACCACCUGGACAAAAUGAGGAUAAAAAUUAUUUGUUGGAUAAUGAAACUUUGAGGAAAAUGUAUGUUAAUAUGAUAACAAUUGGAAUAAUGGAUAAAAUUCUUUACGAAUCACAACGUCAGGGUAGAAUUUCAUUUUAUAUGACAAAUUCCGGUGAAGAAGCUGUACAAACUGGAUCGGCUGCUGCCUUAACUUUACAAGAUGUUGUUUACGCACAAUAUAGAGAAGCUGGUGUCUUGCUUUAUAGAGGUUUUGAAAUUUCCGAAUUUAUAAAUCAAUGUUAUGGAAAUUAUUUGGAUAAAGGAAAAGGAAAACAAAUGCCAGUUCAUUAUGGUUCGAAAGAAUUGAAUUUUGUCACAAUUUCUUCACCAUUGACAACACAACUUCCACAGGCCGUUGGAGCCGCUUACGCUUUAAAAAGAUCGAAAGAAAAAGCUUGUGUAAUUUGUUAUUUCGGCGAUGGUGCUGCGAGUGAGGGAGAUGCUCAUGCGGCAUUAAAUUUCGCUGCAACUCUCGAUUGUCCUAUUAUUUUUUUCUGUCGUAAUAAUGGAUAUGCAAUUUCUACGCCAACUUCGGAACAAUAUAAAGGUGACGGUAUUGCAGCAAGAGGUCCGUCCUAUGGGAUUAAUACUCUUCGAGUUGAUGGAAAUGAUGUUUUAGCUGUUCAUCGUGCAACAAAAUAUGCCCGAGAUUUUUGCAUUGAUAAUUCAAAACCCGUUUUAAUAGAAGCAAUGACAUAUCGAAUAGGACAUCACAGUACUUCGGACGAUAGUACAGCUUAUAGAUCAGCAAAUGAAAUUGCCCAAUGGAAUGCUUAUGCGCCAACAAUGAAAUUUCGUCAUUAUUUGGAAAAUUUGGGAAUUUGGAAUGAAGAAGAAGAGGCGAAUUUAAUAAAAUCAAAACGAAAUGAAACACUUUCAGUUUUUUCUGAAGCUGAAAAAAAGCCAAAACCAUCGUGGAAGGAACUUUUUACCGAUGUUUAUCACGAUAUGCCUUCUCACAUUAGGGAACAAAUGGAGUCACUCGAAAGUCAUCUGAAGGAAUAUGGAGAACAUUAUCCAUUAAAUUCGUUUAAAGAAUUGAAAUAGGAUUUUUUUCACCUUUGUAAUUCAAUAUAAUUUCUAUAUAUAUAUAUAUAUAUAUAUUCAAAUGUUUAUUAUUUCUAAAUUCUCCACUUGUAGAAAUGUCUUGAAAUAAAUUUUAUUUUUUUUCUAA